AGGAGUUUGCAGAGGGGAGGGAGGGCUUUGUAGCAGCUGCUGCUGCUUGCUGCUGCUGCUGCUGUACUGGCAGACUUGGAUGGUGCUAGACUUUUUUUCUUCCCGAGGAAUGUAGCUCAUUGAAAUGAACCAGAGCAUUGUAUCUGUUUGAGGGGAGAGCAGGGGGAAGCAGACACAGGAACUGGUUUUGAUCUGUCAGUAGCGUAAUGUAGUUUUUAAGCUAUCUGCAGUAAAGACAGCAAAUAAAAGGGGGGCCCUUUUUGUAUUAUUAGGGGAGAGAAAGAAAGAGAGAGAAAAAAAAAGACAAAACUGCAAGAUCUUGAAAAGAAUAAAGAAGGGGUCCUUGCUUUCAUGGCUCGAUAAUAACCAUGUCAUCUUGUAUUUAGUAAAUGCCCCUAUAAGUGUUAGGGCGCAAGUUUUUGUAAAGGGAGUGUGACCACACGUUUGGGUGCCUCUCUGUGCCGUGCUGUGUCGAGCAGAUGUUUAUUUUGUGCUAAAGGGGAAACUCUUUCUGCCUAGCUUGUACAAACAUGAAAGGAGUCAGGCUCUGAGAUGCUUUCCCUGGGCUUACAUUCUCUCCUGCGAUUAAAAUAUUGUUUUCCAAAAAGUCUGCUGCGAAACAAUUGUUUCAGAGAGGAGCCAUGUAAAUAAAUGCCUUGACCAGCGCUGCUUUUUUUUAAAUAAGUGUCUUCAGCCUCAUCGUCUAGGUGUGAGAGUUUAAUGCUGGAUGUCAGUAGGGAAAGGUGGCUUGUCUGGGCUAUAAAUUACCAUUUCUGCACUUUUCAUUCUGUCUGCUUCAGAAAGCAGCUUUAGAGCCUGGGAUCCUAUUGGGCCCGUCCUAGGGCUACAGUAAUUGCCUGAUGACAACUGAAAAUGAUAGAAUAAUUGUCAAGAGAGACAUUUUUAAUGGGCAAGGUGAUUUAAGUAUGCAUGAACAAGCUAUGAGGGAAGAUGAGCUUGUUUGUGAUGCAAGCCAGUAUAAACACAGUUGGAGCGAUGACACAGAUAGCUGCACUUUCCUCAGUGACAUGAGCAAGUUCUUACCGCAAACACCAAAAGCUUAUUCCUCUGACCACUUUGACAUUCUUCAUCUUCAGGUAUUAAGUCAUGAUGCAGGAAUCUGCAACAGAGACAAUAAGCAACAGUUCAAUGAAUCAAAAUGGAAUGAGCACUCUAAGCAGCCAAUUAGAUGCUGGCAGCAGAGAUGGAAGAUCAAGUGGUGACAUGUGCAGUGAAGUAAGCACAGUAGAACUGCUGCAUCUGCAACAACAGCAGGCUCUUCAAGCAGCAAGGCAACUUAUUUUACAGCAACAAACAAGUGGACUAAAGUCUCCAAAGAACAGCGAAAAACAAAGACCACUGCAGGUGCCUGUUUCAGUGGCCAUGAUGACUCCCCAGGUGAUCACCCCUCAGCAAAUGCAACAGAUACUUCAGCAGCAAGUACUGUCUCCUCAGCAGCUCCAGGCACUUCUCCAGCAGCAGCAAGCCGUUAUGUUACAGCAGUCAAAAUGGUUUAUUCAGCAACAACUGCAAGAAUUUUACAAGAAACAGCAAGAGCAGUUACAUCUUCAGCUUUUGCAGCAGCAACAGCAGCAGCAGCAACAGCAGCAACAACAGCAACAACAACAACAACAACAACAGCAGCAGCAGCAACAACAACAACAGCAGCAGCAGCAACAGCAACAACAGCAGCAGCAACAACAAACACAGCAACAGCAACCACCACCACAACCACACCCAGGAAAGCAAGCAAAAGAGCAGCAACAGCUAGCGGCCCAACAGCUUGUCUUCCAGCAGCAGCUUCUUCAAAUGCAGCAACUGCAGCAACAACAACAUCUACUCAAUCUUCAACGGCAGGGACUUAUUUCCAUCCCGCCAAGCCAGUCAGCUCUUCCAGUUCAGUCCCUACCACAAGCUGGUUUAAGCUCUGCCGAGAUUCAGCAGUUGUGGAAAGAGGUUGCUGGAGUUCACAGUAUGGAAGACAAUGGCAUUAAACAUGGGGGGCUAGACCUCACUACUAACAAUUCCUCUUCUACUACCUCCUCCACCUCUUCCAAAGCAUCGCCACCAAUAACUCAUCAUUCCUUAGUGAAUGGACAGUCUUCAGUUCUAAAUUCAAGACGAGACAGCUCGUCACAUGAAGAGACUGGGGCUACACAUACCCUCUAUGGUCAUGGUGUCUGCAAAUGGCCAGGCUGUGAAAACAUCUGUGAAGAUUUUGGACAGUUUUUAAAGCACCUUAACAAUGAGCAUGCGUUGGAUGAUAGAAGUACAGCUCAAUGCAGAGUACAAAUGCAAGUAGUUCAGCAAUUGGAAAUUCAGCUUUCUAAAGAGCGUGAACGACUUCAAGCAAUGAUGACCCACUUGCACAUGCGACCCUCAGAGCCCAAGCCAUCUCCAAAACCUCUAAACCUAGUGUCCAGUGUCACCAUGUCUAAAAACAUGUUGGAUACAUCCCCUCAGAGCUUACCUCAUACCCCAACCACACCAACUGCACCUGUCACUCCAAUUACCCAGGGACCCUCCGUAAUCACGCCGGCCAGUGUACCUAAUGUUGGAGCCAUUAGAAGAAGACAUUCUGACAAAUACAAUAUACCCAUGUCCUCAGAAAUUGCUCCAAACUACGAGUUUUAUAAAAAUGCAGAUGUCCGUCCUCCAUUCACAUAUGCAACUCUCAUAAGGCAGGCUAUCAUGGAAUCAUCUGACAUGCAGUUAACACUUAAUGAAAUUUACAGCUGGUUUACACGGACGUUUGCUUACUUCAGGCGUAAUGCAGCAACUUGGAAGAAUGCUGUACGUCACAAUCUCAGCCUGCACAAAUGUUUUGUACGAGUGGAGAACGUUAAAGGGGCUGUAUGGACAGUAGACGAAGCAGAAUAUCAGAAAAGAAGGUCACAGAAAAUCACUGGUAGUCCUACAUUAGUCAAAAACAUACCUACCAGCCUCGGCUAUGGUGCAGCUCUCAAUGCAAGUUUACAGGCUGCUCUGGCAGAAAGCAGUUUACCUUUACUGAGUAACCCAGGUUUGAUAAACAAUGCAUCCACUGGCUUACUACAGGCUGUGCACGAAGACCUCAAUGGUUCACUGGAUCACAUCGACAGCAACGGAAACAGCAGUCCAGGCUGCUCACCACAACCACACAUGCGAAACAUGAAAUAUUUUGAGACUCAGAUGAGCUGGUUGUCUGAGAUAAUGCAUUGCAUUGCCAACAGAUCAUUCAAGUUCCUUGUCACUCCUCUUGACAAAAGGAUCAUUCCAGUCCCCUGUCAUUCCACACUGAGAUUGUUCCAGUGUCUACAACGACAUUCUGUACAUGUCAAAGAAGAGCCACUGAUUGCAGAUGACGAGGACUGCCCAAUGUCAUUGGUCACAACAGCUAAUCAUAGUCCAGACUUGGAAGAAGACAGAGAGCUUGAGGAGGAGCCCUUGUCUGAAGAUCUGGAAUAAAAAUCAGACUUAAGAGACCUCAUAUGAAGGGACAUUGCACUGACCUUCAAAACCACUCCACAACCAUGAAUAUUUGACAGAUUUUUACUGUGACUAUUUAUUACGCAUGGAUUAUGGAGACAGUCCUAGAGGAACUUGUUCAACUAGUCCUUUGGGAUUUAAUGCAACAAAGAAUCUGCUUGCUGUCUUCUUUUUUUAAGACAAAAACUGAUUUUCUUGAAAAAAAAAACAAAAAAACUUUUCUUUAUAUAAUGGCUUGCCCAUUUAAAAUAUGGCUAAAAGGGUUCAUGAAAUGACUGAAAAUGAGGAUACUUGUUCUGUAGAAAGAAAAUGGCCUCAUAUACUGCCAAAAAUAGUGUUAGUUUCAUCAAUGUGAAUCUGAAACAUACAGUAGAUGUAAUGUUAGAAACUGUUCCUGGCCAAGUUCAACUUGUUGCUAUUUUUUUUUUUUUUUUU